UCGAUACCGGCCUCGAGGGCAUGGCCCUUCCCGCGGGGGCCGGGGCUCUGCUCGCCGGCGCGGCCGCUGUCGCGCUGCUCUCGGCCGCACUCGUGCUCUACGAGCUGUCGCCGGACGCAGGUUUACAAAGAGCAUUUUCACUGCAUAAAGCACAUUCGAUAAAGGAUAUGGAAAAUACGUUGCAGUUGGUGAGAAAUAUUAUACCUCCUCUGACUUCGCGGAAGCACAAAGGCCAAGAUGGAAGAAUCGGCGUCGUCGGGGGCUGCCAAGAGUACACUGGAGCGCCCUACUUCGCUGCCAUCUCAGCUCUCAAAGUGGGCGCAGAUCUGUCCCACGUGUUCUGCACCCGGGAGGCCGCGCCGGUGAUCAAGUCGUACAGCCCGGAGCUGAUUGUUCACCCGGUUCUUGACAGCCCCAGCGCCGUUCACGACGUGGAGGAGUGGCUGCCUCGGCUGCACGCCCUGGUCGUGGGGCCCGGCCUGGGUCGGGAUGAUGCGCUUCUUGAAAAUGUUAAGGGCCUAUUGGAAGCAUCCAAGGCCAGGGACAUCCCCGUCGUCAUCGAUGCAGACGGGCUGUGGCUGAUUGCUCGGCACCCGGCCCUCAUCCAGGGCUACCGGAAGGCCGUUCUCACUCCCAACCACGUGGAAUUCGGCAGACUCUCUGAAGCCGUGCUGAGAGACCCUGGGGACGGCAGCGAUCGUCGCGAAGCUGUACGAAGACUCAGCCGGGCCUUGGGGAAUGUGACCGUGGUCCAGAAAGGGGAGCGGGACGUGAUCUCCGACGGUGAACAGGUGCUCGAGUGCGUGCAGGAGGGCAGUGGCCGCAGGUGCGGUGGCCAGGGAGACCUGCUGUCGGGCGCCCUGGGUGUCCUGGUGCACUGGGCGCUGCGUGCCGGACCCGAGAAGACGAACGGGUGCAGCCCUCUCCUCCUGGCCGCCAUGGGCGCGUGCUCGCUCACGAGGCAGUGCAGCCGUCAGGCCUUCCAGAAGCACGGCCGCUCCACCACCACCACCGACAUGAUCGCGGAGGUCGGGCCCGCGUUCCGCAGCCUCUUUGAAGCCUAAGCUGAGGCCCCAGGAAGCGAGUGGCCCACGGACGGGGAGGCUGUUUGUCACAGGAAGCCACGUCCUGUGUCCCAGCCCUCGGGUGGCAGACCGCGUGGUCCAGGAGUGGAUUUUUGGCUGCGUGCGCAGCUGAAGAGGUGACACUAGACCAAGAAUUCCUGAACUCCUCCAAGCUGCUCAGCAGGAGACGAGCCGCUGAGCUCUGCGUGUGCUCCGGGAGCACGGGCCUGCCCUACCC